AUUUUUUAUUUUUUGUGUGUGAUUUCAAAAAAAAUUCAGAAACCCUUUUUUCAUUUUUUCUUUCUUAAAGCAGCGCAUUCAUAUUAACACUGAAAAUGUCCAACACACCACAACAACCGCAUUUAGGGCAAUUGCCACAAAUGUUUGCGCAAUAUUCACAAAGUAUUGAACUUUUGAAUAAUAACCUCACUGUCAUUAGAAGAAAUCUGGAACGCACCGACAUUUCCGACAAAGAAAGAGAACAAUUACAAAAACAAGAACAAGAUUUUCAAACGAAAUUAACCACGUUACAAACACUUUUGAAUAACUUGACGCCUCAACUUGUUGCGCAAAACUUACAACAACGUGUUUUAAUGAGUCAGCAACAACAACAGCAACAGUCUAUGGGAUCACCUGCUCCUCAUGCUGACACUAUGGGUAUACCCUCUAAUCCAGGUUCACCUGCUUCUUUUAAUCCACAACAACAACAACAGCAACCACCUUUGCCAUUCAAUGCCGGUCAAUUAGCAGCUCAAGCGCUUGCAGCACAGCAACAACAACUUCGUAAUGUACAACAGCAGCAAACUCAACAACAACAACAACAAGUAUUGAAUAAACUGGGUUUAGCAGCGAAUACAGCCAUGAAUCAGAAUACAGUGACUCCUACGUCCACCGUCAAUACAGCAAGUAAUACAGCCUCUCCACAAACGGCCAAUUUUGCUUCUCCCAUGAUGCAACCCUCACCCAAUAACAGCACAAUGCAGAUGAAAGCCACGAAUACAGGUGUACCCAAUACGACACCUUCUACUGCUGCUACUACGAAUACCACGAAUGCUGGCAAGAAUAAUAAUAAUGCAACCAUGUUUACUUUUUCAUCUUCCACCUCCUCUUCCCAUCCAUCGCAACAACAACAACAACAACAACAACAGCUACAACAAACAACAGCACCUUUGAGUGGGCCUACAGUAACCACCACGCCGGGUGGAUCUACAGCUGUAGCACCACCCUCUUCCAACAACAACAAUAAUAACACGCUUGCUCCUACUCCUUUAAAGCCUGCAUCAGCACCUUCGUUGGAUAGUGACGGUGUCCAUCGUGUGUUGACAAAGAGAAAAAUUCAAGAGUUAGUAUCUCAAAUAGAUCCAGCAGAAAGACUCGAACCUGAAGUUGAAGAUAUUCUGUUAGAAAUCGCAGAUGAGUUUAUUGAAUCUGUCACUACAUUUGCUUGUCAACUCGCAAAACAUCGUAAAUCCAAUACAUUAGAAGUAAAAGAUGUUCAAUUACAUUUAGAACGUAAUUGGAAUAUUCGUAUACCUGGGUUUGCAGCAGAUGAUAUUCGACCUUUAAGAAAGACAAAUACUUCCUCUAGUCAUCAAGCAAAAGUACAAGCAGUGAAUACUGCUAAAAGUCAACCAAGCAAGAAAGAUCAGCAUCAUCACACGAGUAGUAAUAUGUAAAAAAAAAAAGACUAUAAUAUUUAUAUUCUACAAAAGAAAAAAAUAAAAUAAAAAGAACUCGCAAAAAAAUGCUU